AUGGCUCACAGCUGCCGCACAAACAGAGGGGGCCCACUACUCAACCUGGCCACCCACAAUAAUCUGGCACUGCUGGGCAGCCCCACCGACUCCUAUUUAAAGGACCUUAAUGACAGAACCACACCCUACGGGUGUCACCCAUCACAAUCUGAAUGUUUGCAGGUGAUUCCCGAUUGGGAGGAGCAGGACUGGGAUCCCAAACAUCCAGAAAACUAUGCCGGGAUCUUCCACUUCCGGUUCUGGGUCUUUGGUCAGUGGACAGAUGUGGUAGUGGACGACCGGCUGCCUACUGUUGACGGACGCCUGAUUUACUGUUAUUCAAACAGCAAACGUGAAUUCUGGAGUGCUCUGUUGGAGAAGGCUUAUGCCAAACUCUAUGGCUGCUAUGAGUCUUUAAGGGGAGGAAACACUGGAGAUGCUGUGGUGGAUUUCAGUGGAGCUGUAUUUGAAGUAAUCAACUUGGAGAAAGAGAUUUCAGACAAAGACCAAAUCAAUCUAUUUGAAAGCAUGCUCAAAGUUUAUGAACGUGGAGGAAUCAUCAGCUGUGGCAUCAAGGCAGAGCCACAUGAACUUGAGUCCAAGUUGGAAAAUGGUCUUGUAAUGGGCCAUGCAUACGCUGUGACAGCAGUGAAGAGAGUACAUUUACGUCAUGAGCUGGUGGCGCACUUCAAAACUGAAGCUAUUCCUAUGAUCCGAAUGAGAAACCCCUGGGGUUACAAGGAGUGGAAUGGACCCUGGAGUGACAGCUCUAGGGAAUGGUCCAGGAUUGGCCAUGCAGAGAGGCACAACCUUGGCCUCACAGUAGAGGAUGACGGGGAGUUCUGGAUGUCCUUUAGAGACUGGUGCAGAUACUUCUCUGAUGCAGAUGUUUGCCACAUUGCUGAUCCUUCACAAACGUGGAAUGAAGCUUUGCAUUUUGGGAAGUGGAUCAUACAUGAAGAUCCACAAAGAAAUCGCAGCGGUGGCAGGAACAAAAACAAGACAUUUCUACAGAAUCCUCAGUUUCUGUUUGAUGUGACAAAGGAAAUGGAUGAAGUGCUCAUCACUUUGCAGCAAAAAGACCGGAGGAUCCAUAAAAGAACUGGUCAUGGACAGAAUAUGGUCAUUGGCUUUGGGGUUUUUGAGGUGGAAUUGAACAGGGAGCACAGAAUGCACCGACUUCCAUCAAGGGAACCAGUCGGAGGCACAAGAUUUACCAGAGCUCGGUCAGUUUUCCUGAGAUCUAACCUUCCUCGGGGCCGAUACGUCGUCAUCCCCUCCACUUAUUAUCCUGGUGAAGAAGGAGAGUUCAUGCUGCGAAUUUUCACCAAUGUGGAUUCAGGCUUCCGUGAACUAACCACGGACAAACCCUGAGAGCGACGCUGGACUCCUUUUUUUGGGUAACCUCAAGUUGUGACUCAUAUUUUUGUUAAAAACUCUGAGAGACUAUAAAACAAGCAAGACAGGUGGUCACUACGAUGCAGUAGUCGUCCUAGUUGUGUAACAGUAAACCCGUUCUACUCUCUCCAUAAGGUACUGGAGAGCCUGUAGGAGUUCAUUCAACCAGCUUACAUAUGGUUGUUUCUUAACACAUGUCCUGAUGCUGAGAUCAUUGAUGAUUCCCUCAGUAAAUCCACAUUGACACUUACGCUGCAGCAGCACUCAUUUUUUUAACUCUUUUUUUUUCUGUUGUUUUCCACCUUCCUUCACAGUGCCAUCAUUGAAGAGAACCACUCUCUUUUUAUC